AUGUCAAAGCAACUGAGAAGCAGAAGAGAAGUCAUAUUGUUCUUUGAAACCAUAUUUUUCCUCGAAUAUAUAAUAUUUACAUCAAGUGCUAUUGUCGCACUCUUUUUCAAAUGUCAACAAAUCGCUACGACGUUGGAACCAAUCAUUUCCAACGGUGUGACAAACCUGUUUCACGAAGGUUAUCUUGAAACCGUGAAAAUCAUUGUCAUUUUCGCAGGAUUCGCGCUCAACAUAGCUCAUCUGAAAACACUUCCAGACGCGAAUUGGUGGUUAGAAGUCCACCGUAUAAAUGAAGAGGAAUUCUACAACCAGUUAACAUAUAAGAAGGGAAGAUGGUAUACGAUAAAAGCUUUACUUAAAUAUAAUAAUGCAGCGCGUUUGAAUAAAAUAUUCUGGAAGGCAUUGCAGAGUCCUACGUAG